AUGGGCCGCCGACCCAAUCAGCUCGUCCUGCAGCUCUUUGAUCGAGGCGAGAAGCUACCCGAUGCCUCCAACAGGUAUCGGCACACUUGUCGUCCAGCUGGCACAGGAUCGAAGAAGAAGAACAAGACUUCGAGAGCAGCUCUACAGCUGCAGGACAACGGAAACCCAGACCAGGCUACUUUCAUUCCGGAAGGGGCACCUCCAGAUGCUGUCAAUCGGACGCUCUUCGUACCAGAUCAGUCAGCUCUUGCCACAUUGGCAGAAGUCUCCAGAAGACACCUGGAUCUAUCUCACGAGCGUCUACCGUUCCAGCUCCAAGGGGUGUUGCCGCAGUUCGACCAGGACAAUAUAUUGGAACAAGCCCUAAUUUCUGAGCUCAGUAGACCAACCACGCAAGCUCGUCGAUUGGCCUCCACAACUUUGGAUGACAACCAUGGCGGCUUUGCAACGAGAUCGCCCACAUCUCCAACUACAAUACCGCUCCUGUCAGUCACAACAUCCCAACCCGAACACAUCGAUCCUGUGCAGCCAUCGUUGGUCGAUCCACAGCUCUCGGACGAUAAAGUAGGCAGCAAACACCAGGCUGUACGACGCAGUGACCUGGCCUGGAAACCUAGCAUGAACAGCUCUUCACAAACCGUUGCAACACUGGCUGCUCCUAGCGCUGCGCCAGUGGCAGAUUCGAGUCUGCCGUAUCAGAGACAGAAGCCUCGGGUGCGUGGAAAGUUCUCUGACAUGAGACGCAAAGAGGUCCAAGGAAUGCGUAAACAAGGAGCAUGCUUGCGCUGCCGAAUGCUCAAGAAGCCGUGCUCAGAUGGCACUCCAUGCAAUACUUGUGCCAACGUUGAAUCUGCUCGCCUCUGGAAGGGCACUUGCAUUCGGACAAAGCUUGUCGAUGAGUUCACACUGUGGUCGACAAGGCUUUUCUUGAUGCAGUCAACCACAAAUAUCAACGCUGCUGUGGAAGGUCGGAACGCGGAGCCAUACACUGGGAGGAUCCACAUCGAGCUGUCGCUUGGGCAGCGUAUGAUGUUGGAUUUCGCAGCCACGGCGUACAGUCCACAAUCUGCAGAUCUGGCAGAUAGCGAAUACUCUCACUGUCCGAGCGCUGUGCUCUUGCUGGGUGACGGCGGCACAGUGUUUGAGACCCUCCAGCAUGCGAUACACUCUGCUAGGCCACGUGCCGCAAAUCAGAAUUCACAAAUCCUGAAUACUACGUUGCAGCACGCCAGUAUGCUUGCUAGAUCGGAGCAAUCGACUAACCUUCCAACCAACAUUCCAAAGCCAGAAGGUCGUUCUUGCUAUAACCUGCAACAUCAUCUGAUCAGUAAUACUAUAGCCUUGUGGUCAGCCACCAACGCCCUUUGUUCAUCAGGGGACGCUUUCAAGGUCACUAUGAGUGAUGCGACAAACGACAACAACUCCCCUUUCUAUGUGUCCGAGGACGAACCUAGUGUCACGAAAAGUAUGGCUCCAAAUGGUGACAACUUAAGAUUGAUCAUUGGUCAGGUCAAGGCGGCGCUCGAGUCGAUUUGCUCGGAACUAUCACGGAACGUGAUCAGUGAGCUCGAACGACGGUUGUUACAACGCCAACAGGCUUCAGGCUUCAGCACAUUUAUCUCUGCUGUACUGCUCAUCAACAGCAUCGAACGGUUGACUGGAAUGUAUCGAUGCUGUGACGAUGGUCCAUCCUUCCACGCAUUUGAUGGAAUACAUCAUUGGCCAUUUGAUAUGCCUCCGAGCGCUUUCUGGCCGCAAGGUCAACACUUUGCGGAUUUGUUGAUUAUGCUGCUGCAAAUGAGAGGGUUGCCUCCAAAGUUCACCCUAAGCCCAUCUGGACAGCUCAUCUUCCGCUCGGACGAUGCAAAAAUUGAGCAAAUGGAUCCCACAGCAACACAAGACGAGCUCAAAUCCCAACCUCCAACAAUCGCAGACUGGGCAGCUUCCUGCAAGCUUAAUGCAAUGGAGCUUACGUCAAUUAGGGACACCAUGAUUCCGGGCCCAGGAGCAGCAUUGAGUGCCUGGGAUCUUCUCUUUUUGUCUAGGCUGAUCUUACCUAUUGGCUUGUGA